GCCGCACGCUCCUUCCCACCCUCCCCUCUCCCACAAGAACUCAUCGGGAGCACCAGCAGAAUAGAGCAGAAGAAACAGUCUCGCCAACAAGAAAGAAACCCACCGCAGCAACCUUUCCGAAUCAAGCGUGCUAGAGCAUCUGGUCUACCAUGUCCGUCGUAACCCUCUCCCACUUUGGCGCCUUACGGCCGUUCUAUCUAACUGCCACAAACGACACGAUCACAACCGACGUCACAGCAAAUCAGCCGUCGUGGUAUACCGCCGUGGGCAUCAUCCUCGCCCUGACCUCGGGGCUCUUCAUCGGCAGCAGUUUCAUCUUCAAGAAGAAGGGACUCCUCGACACCAACGCCCUCGGCCACGAGGCUGGCGUAGGCCAUGCCUAUCUGAAAAACGGAAUGUGGUGGACGGGCAUGAUUUUAAUGGGGCUCGGCGAGGUUGCAAAUUUCGGUGCCUAUGCGUUCACACCCGCCAUCAUGGUCACCCCGCUGGGUGCGCUGAGCGUGGUGAUCAGCGCCAUCCUGUCAUCCAUCUUCCUGAAGGAGCGCCUGAAUUUCUCGGGCAAGAUCGGCUGUGCGCAGUGCGUCGUUGGCGCUACCAUCAUCGUCUUGCACGCACCCAAAUCGAACACGACCAAGGGCGUCGAUGACUUUUUUGGAUACGUUUUGCGGCCAGGGUUUAUCGUAUACAGUGUCCUGUGUACAGGUGCGAUCCUGUACCUAAUAUUCAUCCUGGCGCCCAAGUACGGCGACAAGCAUCCGAUCGUCUACAUUUCCAUCUGCUCGUUCGUUGGCUCGUUCCUGGUGCUGAGCUGCCAAGGAUUCGGAGCUGCGCUGGUCUACACUGCUGCGCAUUGGACAGACGACAACCAGUUCCUGCGGUGGCCCCUGUACCUCCUAAUUGCCUUCAUAGCCUUCACGAUAUGCGUCCAAAUCAACUACCUAAACAAAGCCCUGAAUCUGUUUUCGACCGCGAUCGUGACGCCCGUGUACUAUGUUUUCUUCACGACCGCGACCUUGGUAGCCUCGAUCAUCCUUUUUGGCUUCCAGGUGACCGACCCGAUCAGCUCGAUCAGCAUCAUCUGCGGCUUCCUGGUGAUCGUCGGCGGCGUGGCCCUGCUGUUCCAGUACAGUCUGAAACUUACCAAGAUGAGCGCCCUGACUCGGUUAACGGCCGAGCCGCCGGGCGAGGCGCAGCCGCAGGAAAACCUCGAUGAGCCCGGGGUCGUGGUGAUCACCCCCAACAAGCCGCCGGAAGAAACCGAAGGAGUGGGGCCGGCGGAUUCCCUCGACUCGAUCAUCAUCGGUAGCCGGACGAGCCCCAAGCCGGCGGGCGGCCCAGAUGAGGGCGUGGCCCUUGCCGAGAUCCACCCACCGCUGCCCCAGCCCAACACACCUGCGUCUGGGUCGGCGCCGAUAGCGACUCUGACCACACUCCGACGACACGUCUCUGCCUCGGCCGCACAUGUGGCCUCGAAUGUCUCGAACGCCCUCCAGUUCCUGUCGCGGGAUCCGUCCCGCCCGGCCCCGGCAUACGUUCACAUCCGAAGCGUACCCUCUGCAGCGCCCUCGAUUGACUCGGAUCCCGUCCAAAAGUAGACGACGGUAACUGAGCCGGUUUACAGCAAGCUCGUAAGGCCCUGGCUGGGGCAUCGACUGCGUCAAAGUCCCUGUUUCCAUCAUAUCGUUUCCCUGUCAUGUCUGUGGGCCUCUUUGAGCUUUUUGAAACA